AUGGGAGCGUACUCGGAGGAGAAAGACGUACACCCACUUUAUGGAGCAAGUGAAUUGCUACACACUUCUCGUCUGGAAGAGCUUUCCUGUGCUGUGUGCUGUGAUAUUUUCAGUGAUCCUGUAACUCUUAGUUGUAACCACAGCUUCUGUAAAUCAUGUCUGGAUCAGUGCUGGAAAGAGAAAAGACCUCAUAAGAACAUAAGAAAGUUUACAAAUGAGAGGAGGUCGCUGCGUAGUCUUGUUUGUCAAAUAUCAAAGAAACAUGAAAAUCACAAGUGCUGUCCAGUCGAGGAGGCAGCACAGGAUUAUACAGUUUGUGAAGAACUUUGAUUUCUCAGAUUUAAAAAAAAAAUCAUUUAAACACAGUAUUCUGUUUUCACAGUAGGGUUUCAUUUAUUAUUCCUGUACUCAAGUAAUCAUGUUGGUGGGGGGUGGGGUAUUAUAAAGAGGCAAUUUAAACAACAGGAUCCAACAAGUCUGAGCAGAACAUAAUCCUAUAUAUAUAUAUAUAUAUA